AUGGCCGACAUGGGAGCAUGGAAAAACCAACUGAACACAUCGGACUCUUCUUCAGUGCCCACAUCUCUUGCAAGUAUUGGAACGCUCCAUGACAUUAAUAACCAUCAUGAUCAGACUGGCUCCAAUCAACAACAUGAACAGGAAACUGUAGAUAUACCAAUUCAAAAUUCUAGUCCCACAAUAGGUGAUGCUGAGUCAAUUACAAGUACAUUGCUGAGCAGAUUCAUGCCUGUGGCUGGCAGCUCACAAGAUAGGGAUAGAAUUGUCUCCCUUGAUUGUGCCUCUGAAGAGAUCAAUGAACUAUAUACUGGACAUUUAAAACCACCUUCAGAAGUUGUUGAUGAUUUUGGGUUGGUAAAUACAAUGGACAUUUGUGAAUCGGAUAUGGAGAAUGAUAGUAGUGGAGAAUCAAUUGAAAGUGCGUCCAUGGAUUCAGACUCUGACCACGAAGACAAUAUUAAUUCUGAAUCACAAACAUUUCAAAGCCCACCAUUCUUUGUUUUACCUCCUUCAAGCGAGGUAUUCAAAUCUGAUAUUACCUAUUAUGAACAUAUGGUGGCAGUAAAUGCACUUGCUACAUCAGGUAAUCUAAGCAGCUUAGUGUUUCAAAACCUUUUAGAUUUGAUAAAACUUCAUGUCCCAGACAAAAGUUUAUGUGAAGGAAAUGUGAAUGACUUAAAAAAAAAGUUAGGGUUCAAUAAGGAUUACCUUCAGAACUUUGAAUAUUGUAGUAUUUGUGGCAGCACUUUCCCAGAUGACGGCAAUGAUGUGAAUUCAUACAAGAAGAUGGCUGUAGAAGGAGGCUUUUUGGACAAAAAUAAUACCAACAUCACGCUGACAUUUAACACUGAAAGGGACCAGGAAAGAAUCUCAAAAAACAUUGAAGAAGCAGUGUUGUCUGACAAAACUGUGAAAGGGUUUAAUGGAAGAUGUGCUAUUAGAUGCCUUCCAGGAUUUUCUCCUGCAAACAACAUUGUCAUUGAUUACAUGCAUGCUUGUCUUGCUGGAAUAACCAAACGCCUCAUUAAACUUUUUACCGAUGGGACCAGUUUCAAAGAGGAUUAUUUCAUUGGUCACAAAGUACCUUUGAUUGACAAGCAGCUCAAGUGUUUGCGUGUACCAUACCUCAUCAACAGGAAACCAAGACCUCUUUCACUUUACUUGAAAUGGAAAUCAUCUGAGUUUAGGUCUUGGAUGUUGUAUUACAGUAUUCCAUGCCUGAUCAACCACCUCCCUGAAGUUUAUCUCCAGCACUAUAGUUGUUUGGUUGAGGGUAUCCAUAUCCUUCUUCAGAGUAAUGUAACCGAAGAAGACAUAACCUUAUCUGAGACACUUCUCAAUGCUUUCUACAAACAUGCUUCAGAAUUGUAUGGUGAGAACUUUGUGGGACUAAAUGUGCACAACUUGUCUCAUCUUCCAGAUUGUGUCAGGAAAUGGGGUCCCCUCUGGGCUUAUUCAUGCUUUGGGUUCGAGUCUGCCAAUGGAGAACUCUUGAAAAAAUAUUCAUGGUAA